AGCCAUUCUGCUCAAGCUACAGGGUUCCGGCCGCUGCGGAUCUGUUACCGUUCUCUAUCAGCACACUGCACCUUCACGGGACCUCGCUCGCUUGGUUCUGCAGACUAUUAUCGGCCAUGGUUGUUGCACGUGCAAAUUUCCUGGUCAUAUUUCAGUUGUUGCCUGCCCAUGCUGUCGGCGGCCUGAUGUACUCCAGUGUCCACGAGAAGAUGAUCAAGGCAGAAACGAUCAAGGAAGGAACAGCGGCAAAGCGCAAGAUGCAGGAGGGAAAAGCGGCCAAGUACGAGAUGCAGGAGGGAAGCGCCAUCAAAGUCGAGAUGCAAGAGGGAAAAGCGAACAAGCAUGGGACGCAGGAGGGCAAGGCCGCAAAAUCCAGGACGCAGGAGGGGAGGAUGAGCCGGUACGGCACCCAGGAGGGGAAGACCACCAGGUACGCGAUGCAGGAGGGAUCUACCAGGCACGGAGCGCUCGAGGGGAAUCUGGACAGGACCGCCCUGGGCUCGAUGAACAAGAUGGGGGUCACCCGCUACAAGCGUCGCAUCUCCCGAAGAGCCGAGAGUCAGCACGGCUCGUUCUAUUGGGGCGACUCGUCCAACCACAACGGGCAGGCCUACGCGGGCGCGACGGACCUCAUGGACAACCUCUCUUGGGGCUGGCACCACCCGAGCGGCCUCUACGCCACCAUCCCAGUCGGCAGCCCCCUCAUCGAUGACGAGAUGAACAUCUACGUCGGAUCCGACGACGCCAUCCGGAAGUUCAGCGUGGCUGGCGACAUCAUUUGGAGCUACGCCCCCCGAGGUCAGCUCGCAGCGGCACCCACCCUGUACAUGGGCGGCAGCAGGCGCGUGGCGGACCCCGUGAGCGAGGAGGAGGAGUUGGAAGAGGCGCUGGUGCGGCCGGACUGGGUCCAGGGCAACGAGUCGGAGCCCUCAGCCCAGCUCUUCAGGGACUUCAAGCUCGGCGACCUCGUGAAGGUGAAGCCCGGCGCGAGGUACAUGGCGGACGGCAAGGAGCUCUACAAGGAGGGCGACCAGGGCGUGAUCUCCGCCAUCGUCGACGAGGGGGGCAAAGAUGCCAGGGCCGUCAUCCAGUGGGGACACAGUGGGCACAAGAGCGCGGUGCAGCUUCACGCCAUGAAGGACCGCUUCGUCCACGCGGGGCAAAGGUAUGCCGCCGCAUCCGGCUCCAUGCUGGUCGGGAGCACCACCGCCGGCUUCGUGUUCGCGAUCGACCUCGCCACUGGAAACGAGCUGUGGGCAACCUGGGCCUCGAACGAGAUCGCUGGCGUCAAGGGGUCUGUGGCUGCCAAGGACGGAGUCGUGGUGGUCGCGACCGACCGCUGCACCGACCGGUACUGCUACAGGUACCGCAACCAGACCAACGUCUUCACGCCCGGCAACGCCUAUGUGCGGGGCUUGAGCGCAGCGGACGGCACCGCGAUCUGGGAGUUCAAGCCCACGUCGCCCGUGUGGAACAUGAACCCGCUCUGGGGCAACGACGGCAAAGUGAUGUUCCAGGACUGGGAGGGCAGGCUGUACGGCCUGGACCUCCAAACCGGCGUCCGAAGAUUCCGGGUGGGUGGCGACUGGGGGACGCACACCCAUGCAGCUGCGGUAUAUUCUCCAGGACACAACGUCGUUAUAGCCAUGGGCAUGAUCCAUUACAACAAGAUGAACUACCACAUGGACGACGCCCUCGGCGUCCCGAUCAAACACUGCAAUCCGUACGUGGCACCCGGCAUCCUUCCGCACUGCUGGACGUGGCCAGGCCUCAGGGGCUUCGUCCGGGGCUACAAUGCCAGCUCCGGCAGGAAGCUUUGGGAGACGAGCACGCCCGAGCCGCCGUCUGGCGCCAGCAUCGGCCAGGUGGCCACCAUGGGCUCAUUCAGCACCCGCCUGAUCUUGACCAUGGGCUUCAAUUGCUUCGUCAACUCUCCCACCCAAAUCUGGAGCAUGGACCCCAACAACGGCAAUAAGCGCUGGAUGUUGAACGGCCCGACGCUGUGGACCAGCCACUGUGCCAGCGACAAGGAGGGCCAGGACAUCCGGCGGGCCAUGGGCGGCCGCGCCACAUGCUCACCGAACAGCUGGUCUGCACCCGUGACAGAUGCGCUAGGUGACAUUUACGUCGGCAACCAGGUCGGCGUGCUGCAGAGAAUCGGUGCGGCGAACGGAGGGGGGGCCAAGGACAUCCAGCUGCUCUCUACCCUGACGACCGGCUCGGCCUUCCAGGAUGCGGCCAUCGCGUUCGGCGACGGCGUCAUGGCCGUGUCCACAUGCACCUCCUUGUUGGUCUUCCAGACCUACGCGCAGAACUUCACGACGGAGACCUGGUCGUUCACGCCCAAGCCGACGCACGACUUCCACCUCCACGGGUACGAGUCCACGGGCGGCACGUCGCUCAGGUAAACCAGGCCGGGCACCUUUUCGGCGCCCGCUGGCGCCGCCGCCUGGACCGGAGGAGAGUGAGGCGGAGGAGGGCAGAGAGCGGCAGCCGCGCAUGGCCAGCACCCUGCCUCGAGACUGGAUGCUCUCUAAGUUUCGGAUCCC